GCUCGUCAUAUUUCUCGAAAAUCGAUCUGGGAAAUGACCCAAUCGAUGUUCCAGGAAGAGAAUCAAUCGAAGAAGAAUCUAAUUCGAAAACGAGAACGAGCGCCCAGAAAACAAAUCACUGAUGUGUUCCAGAGAAGUCGAAGAAAUCAGAAACUCCAAGAAGAAGAAGAAGAUCGAUUCGGAAGUUUCCUUCUCUCCUGUUUCACCAAUUCGAUCUGAGACGAUUAAGAAGACGAUUAAGAAGACGAAGAAGAAGAGAGUUUAUUACAAUAAAGUCGAAUUCGAUGAAACCGAAUUCGAAAUCGGUGAUGAUGUGUAUGUCAAGAGAAGAGAAGACGCGAAUUCAGAUGAAGAAGAAGAUCCAGAAAUUGAAGAUUGUCAGAUUUGUUUCAAAUCAGAUACUAACAUAAUGAUUGAGUCAGCAACACUUGUGGUUCCUAAGCCACCGGAAGGGAAGAAAUUAGCGAGAACGAUGAGGGAGAAGCUUCUUUCCGGUGAUUUAUGGGCGGCUCGAAUCGAGAAGUUGUGGAAAGAAGUUGAUGAUGAUGGUGGUGUGUAUUGGAUUAGAGCUCGUUGGUAUAUGAUACCUGAAGAGACGGUUUCGGGGCGUCAACCGCAUAAUUUGAAGCGAGAGCUUUAUUUGACGAAUGAUUUUGCUGAUGUAGAGAUGGAAUGUAUUCUUAGGCAUUGUUUUGUGAAGUGUCCUAAGGAGUUUUCGAAGGCGACGUUUGGCGAAUUGGCUGAUGGAGAUUCGGAUAGUGAUCAAGAGUGGAAUGGUAGGAAAGAGGAGGAGGUUGAUAGUGUGAAGAGAUGGAGUUUGAUGAUGAAGAAAGUGUUCCGUGGGGUUUCGAAGAGUAAGCGAGGAGGUUUAACAAGUGCAAGAGGAGGUGCGAAUUCUCGUAAAGGGCGUUUCUUUGGUCUUGAGAAGGUGGGAUGAAGCUGAUUCCUGAACAUGUGAGAUGUCAUAAGCAGAGUGAGUUAGAAAAGGCGAAAGCUACUUUGUUGUUGGCUACACGUCCUAAGUCUCUUCCUUGUAGAAGCAAAGAAAUGGAAGAGAUCACUGCAUUUAUAAAAGGUUCAAUCUCGG